AGCAGUGGGAAACUGAAAGCAGAGUCCAGAUCAAAGAAAGAAAGAAGGAACUGGGCCAAAAGGGAGAGUUUCCAUUGCAGCUGACCUCGACCGAAAUCUCCAUCUCCAUUCUGUAAUUCUUCCUCUGUCGGAAAGGUAAACCAGAGAUCUCUCCGGAAAUGGCACCGACGUCGGCUCUGGCGAAGUAUAAGCUGGUCUUUCUCGGAGACCAGUCUGUUGGGAAAACCAGCAUCAUUACACGCUUCAUGUACGACAAAUUCGAUAAUACAUAUCAGGCUACAAUUGGCAUUGAUUUUCUCUCAAAAACCAUGUAUCUGGAAGAUCGUACCGUUCGACUGCAGUUGUGGGACACUGCUGGACAGGAAAGAUUCAGAAGUCUAAUACCAAGCUAUAUCAGGGACUCAUCUGUCGCUGUCAUUGUUUUUGAUGUUGCAAGCCGGCAAACUUUCGUAAACACUUCAAAAUGGAUUGAGGAGGUGCGCACUGAGAGGGGCAGUGAUGUCAUUAUAGUGCUUGUUGGGAACAAAACGGACCUUGUGGAGAAGAGGCAAGUCUCCAUAGAGGAAGGAGAAGCCAAAGCCCGUGAACUAAAUGUCAUGUUUAUCGAAACAAGUGCUAAAGCUGGAUUUAAUAUCAAGGCACUGUUCCGAAAAAUCGCUGCAGCUUUGCCGGGAAUGGAAACUCUCUCAUCAGCAAAACAAGAAGACAUGGUUGAUGUUAACCUGAAGUCCUCAGGCAGUGGUGCUGCACAAUCCCAGCAGCAGUCGGGUGGAUGUGCCUGCUAAUGAUGCCCGAUACGAAUCGUUGACGGAAUCACUCUUUCUUGCUUUUUGCUUUCAACGCCUCAACCUUCUAGAACUGUGAGCAUAUUCAGGUACAAGAUUGGUUAUAUCUAAUAUGAAUGCCUUGCUUGAGCAGAGACUAAAUUGGUAAAAUGAAAUUGGUGGCAAGAGUAGACGAUUGUUAUUUUAUGGAGUAAUUUGAUGUAUUGGUGGAGUCAUUAUUUGGGUCUUGGGAUUUGUAAAAAAAAAAAAAAAAUAGAAGUUUUUGUGUCGGACUCGAUUACAAAAUGGAAAUUUAUCUAGAAAUUCUGCAAAUUUCACCUGUUCUUGCAA